AUGGGUAUCAAGAACCUGUACCAGGUGAUCUCGGAGAACGCCCCCGAUGCCAUCAAGGCGGGCGAGAUCAAGAACCACUUCGGCCGCAAGGUCGCAAUUGAUGCAUCCAUGAGCAUCUACAGCUUCCUCAUCGCCGUCCGCUCCGAGGGCCAGCAACUGAUGAGCGAGACGGGCGAAACAACCUCCCACCUGAUGGGCCUGUUCUACCGCACGCUACGGAUGGUGGACAACGGCAUCAAGCCCCUCUACGUCUUCGACGGCGCCCCGCCCAAGCUGAAGUCCGGUGAGCUGGCCAAGCGCGGUGCACGCAAGGCGGAAGCCAGUGAGGCGCAUGAGGAGGCAAAAGAGACCGGUACGGCGGAAGAUGUCGAGAAGUUCUCGCGGCGGACGGUGCGCGUCACGCGCGAGCAUAACGAGGAGUGCAGGAAGCUCCUGAAACUGAUGGGGAUUCCUUACAUUAUUGCGCCGACGGAGGCGGAGGCUCAGUGUGCCGUUCUGGCGCGUGCGGGUAAGGUGUACGCUGCUGCGUCGGAGGAUAUGGAUACCCUGUGUUUUGAGUCGCCGAUCUUGCUGCGGCAUUUAACCUUCAGUGAGCAGAGGAAGGAGCCUAUUCUGGAGAUUCACCUCAGCCGGGCACUGGAGGGACUCAACAUGGACCGCAAUCAGUUCAUCGACCUCUGCAUUCUCCUGGGCUGCGACUAUCUCGAACCUAUUCCCAAAGUCGGACCGCAAACCGCACUGAACCUGAUCCGCGAGCACAAGACCCUCGAGAAGGUGGUGGAGCACAUGCAAAACGACCCGAAGAAGAAAUACGUGAUCCCAGAGGACUGGCCGUACCAGGACGCGCGCGAGCUGUUCCUCACGCCGGACGUCCGCUCCGCCGACGAUCCCGAGUGCGAUUUCAAGUGGGAGGCUCCUGACAUUGAAGGACUAGUCGGGUUCCUGGUCACGGACAAGGGCUUCAACGAAGACCGCGUGCGCAACGGCGCGGCGCGCUUGCAGAAGCACCUCAAGACAGCGCAGCAGUCUCGUCUGGAAGGAUUCUUUAAGCCUGUUGCGCGGUCAGAGGAGGAGAAAGCUAGUCUGAAACGCAAGCACGACGAGAAAAUCCAGGAGCAGAAGAAGCGAAAGAAGGAGGAGGCCAAGGCGAAGAAGGAAGCGAAAUCUAAGCCGCGCGGCGCCGUUUGA